UGCCCAUCCGCACACCCGGGCUCCUGCUGGAGAGGGCCGGCUCGCUUCAGGAGGCCGAACCCCGUUCCCACCACCCCUCUCAGCUCAGAAGCGGGGUGCUGAGUCACGGGGGGGGUGGUUCUGUGGAUAGUUGGAAUGCAUACACAGAAGAAAGGGGGAUGCGGCACCAGCAGACAGAGAGACAGGACCCCAGCCAGCCCCUGUCCAGGCAGCAUGGCACAUACUGCCAGAUCUUCCAUCCAGAGCAGCUCAUCACAGGCAAGGAAGAUGCUGCAGAUAACUAUGUCUGGGGUCACUACACCACUGGAGUUCAUCGACCUGGUACUGGACCGGAUUCGGAAGCCGGCUGACCAGUGCACAGGACUUCAGGGCUUCCUGGUGUUCCACAGCUUUGGUGGGGGUACUGGCUCUGGCUUCACCUCAUUCCUGAUGGAGCGGCUCUCUGUUGACUAUGGCAAGAAAUCCAAGCUGGAAUUCUCCAUCUACCCAGCUCCCCAGGUGUCUACAGCCGUGGUCGAGCCCUACAACUCUAUCCUGACCACCCACACCACCCUGGAGCACUCAGACUGUGCCUUCAUGGUGGACAACGAAGCAAUCUAUGACAUCUGCCGCCGCAACCUAGACAUCGAGCGCCCAACCUACACCAACCUCAAUCGCCUCAUUAGCCAAAUUGUCUCCUCCAUCACAGCUUCUCUGCACUUUGACGGGGCCCUCAGUGUGGACCUGACAGAGUUCCAGACCAACCUGGUGCCCUACCUCACAUCCACUUCCCCCUGGCCACCUAUGCACCAGUCAUCUCUGCAGAAAAGGCAUACCACGAGCAGCUGUCAGUGGCAGAGAUCACCAAUGCCUGCUUUGAGCCUGCCAACAAGAUGGUGAAGUGUGAUCCCUGGCAUGGCAAGUACAUGGCCUGCUGCCUGCUGUACCGUGGAGAUGUGGCGCCCAAGGGUGUCAACGCUGCCAUUGCCGCCAUCGAGACCAAGUGCAGCAUUCAGUUUGUGGACUGGUGCCCCACAGGCUUUAAGGUUGAUAUCAACUACCAGCCUCCCACUGUGGUGCCUGGGAGUGACCUGGUAAGGUGCAAUGUGCCAUGUGCAUGCUGAGCAACAUGACAGCCAUCACCAUGGCCUGGGCCCACCUGGACCACAAGUUUGACCUAAUGUAUGCCAAGAGGGUGUUUGGGCACUGGUAUGUGGGUGAGGGUGUGGAGGAGGGUGAGUUCUCCAAGGCCCAUGAGGAUGUGACUGCCCUGGAGAAGCAUUACAAGGAGGUGGGCAUGGAUAGCAUGGAGUGGGGGGAAGAAAAGAUGGGGGGGGGAUGAAUUAUAGGGGAAUACUGCGUGUCUGUCCUACAUAAAGUGCUGUGGCCUUAUUGUCUCA